AUGUUGAACGAAAGUCUUACAAACCCAUUCUUUGGUAAAAGUAAGUGCAACAUUGUCAGAGCUGUAAACAUUCUUUUCGAGAAAGGUUUGUUGGAACCAAUUCCAGAUGACAAGCUGACAGAAACUUUUGUACCAAAAGACGAAACAAGCUUUUCAUUGUUAGCAAGACCAAAAGUUGUUCCGGACAAAGUUCUAGUACAAAAGAAGUACACAGUUCCACAAGGGGUUGGUAUGUUCGGAUACCAACCUGAACCAGAAGAACUUCCAAUGAGGUUGCAAGAACUUCAAGAUGCUAUAAACAAACUUCCAUUGAGACAUCCAAUUGACGUCAAAUUGUAUUGGAGAGCAUCUGAGUUAGGUCAGAAGGUUUUAUAUGAAACAGGUUGCUUCGACGAUGUUUAUGAGAUAACAGGAGAAGUUUCUCAGAAGAUAAGAGACUCACUUGAAUUUCCACAAACUGGACCAAUUGGUUGCGACAAGUUCGACUCAAACGAAAAGAUAUACUAUGUCGACCUUAACGCUGCAUACAUAGUUAGUAUACAUAUCUUCAGUACGGUGGCACUGCGCGCCAUCUUACCGAAGAUAUGUCAACCUGACACUUUACAAAACCACUAA